CCAGAAACCAAACUAAACUGAACAGAGGGUUUUCACAGAGACUGAACAAGAUGAUUAAUUAGACAUAGUGUGUUUAGGUGUGGGAUUCACAUGAGUAAGCAGUCGUACCGAAGACGGCCUGAAGUCAGUUGACACCCGAAGCUGAUCACGCGUACAGUGUCACACAGAAUCAACACUGACAGGAGCUGAGAGCCUUGUCACACUUCAGUUUUACUUUCCCCACAAUGGCUUCAUUGAACACCUGGAACAUCUCCUUGGACAUCAACAACAGCUAUUUCAAGUCCAACUUCUCCGAAUUAGAGGACACACAACCCACGGGGAAGAACUGGGUAUCUCUGGUCAUUCUGGCCAUCAUAUUUUUCACUGUUGCUGGGAAUAUACUGGUGAUUAUGGCGGUGUCCAUCGAAAGCAAGCUUCACAACGCCACCAACUACUUCUUGUGCUCACUGGCCGUAGCAGACAUGCUGGUGGGAUUCCUGGUUAUGCCAGCCUCACUUAUCACUAUUCUUUACAAUCACACCUGGCCUCUGCCGGACCUGCUGUGCCCCAUGUGGAUCUUCCUCGAUGUGCUCUUCUCCACCGCCUCCAUCAUGCACCUGUGCGCCAUAUCUCUGGACCGCUACAUCGGCAUCCGUGACCCACUCAAAUACGGCCGCAGCAACUCACUUUGCAAGGCCAUGCUCAAAAUAAUCAGUGUUUGGACCAUUUCUAUUGUGUUGUCGCUGCCCAUUCCAGUGAUUGGUUUCCAGGAUAAGGAGAAGGUGUUUGUGAACGGCACCUGCGUGUUGAACGAGCCUCUCUUCGUCCUGGUCGGCUCAUCCGUGGCCUUCUUCGUCCCUCUGGUCAUCAUGGUGGUCUGCUAUUACCUGACUCUCCGGGAUCUCCAGAAACACAGCUCAUCUUUCCCGCUGGAGAGCAAGACAACGGACACGAGUCCGCUCAACAGAGGGUCCUCCUCUAGGAAGUUCAAACUUGUGUUCAGACCUCCACGAGGCCAAGAUAAAAAAGCCAUGAUGCAAAAUAUCAAAAACGAGCAACGAGCCUCCAAAGUCCUGGGGAUCGUCUUCUUCCUCUUCCUGGUCAUGUGGACUCCGUUCUUCAUCACGAACGUGCUGAUCGCUCUCUGCCGGGACGACUGCGGCGAGGUUCUCUAUAAACUCAUUAACUUCUUCGUCUGGGUGGGAUACGUGUCCUCGGGAGUCAAUCCGCUGAUCUACACCCUUUUCAACAAGACGUAUCGCCAAGCCUUCGCUCGCUACCUGCAGUGCAGAUAUCGUGAGGAGAAGAAGGUCCAGUCCAACAGAACCUGCUGACACACGCUCACGACGGAUCAGUGAUAGACUAGGCGGACCUUUAGUUCGCCAUCUCAAAUCAUCUAAUAUGAGGCUGUUUGAUUGUUUGUUGAUCAGUUUCUCUUUCUUGUGGAACAAAUGUUUCCAACACAAGUAGGGGAUAAACGUGCCUUCGAUUUUAUUCUCCCCUAAACCAUAAAAACUUCCAGCUGCACUUUCAUAAACAAACGCUUUUCAAGAUGCACACAUGGAAAUUAAUCUGAUCCUUAAAAUGACUGUGAACCAAUAAAGAUUGAUUCUUGAGGUAAUCUGAUCGGCUAAAGAAUGACUAAAAUCGUUGAAAAUAUCUUAAGACAAAUGUCGUCUUAAAGGAGUAGUCCACUUUUGAAAAAACGAGUAAAUUUGAUCAUUUACUCGCCCCCGUGUCAUCCAAG